AUGGCUGCUGAUGCUUCUGAUGCUCUUGCAGUGAGGCAAAAAGUUCAACAGUUUCUCGAUGCGUCUCGUACCGGAAAUCUUGACCUCUUCAAGAAAUUAGCGUCGCAACUGGACGAUGGGAGGGGGCUGGCGCAAACGGUGGCUGAUGUAAAGGACGCUAACAAGCGAGGGGCUCUUCAUUUUGCUGCGAGAGAGGGCAAGACUGAGGUGUGCAAGUACUUGCUGGAGGACUUGAAGCUCGAUGUUGAUACAAAAGACGAAGAUGGUGAAACUCCUCUUAUUCAUGCUGCUCGGCAAGGACAUACUUCCACUGCCAAAUACCUUAUUGAGUGCGGUGCUGAUCCUGAAAUACCCAGUGAACUGGGGGCCACAGCUCUGCACCAUGCUGCGGGAAUAGGUGCACUAAAAUACAACACACGUGGAGCUGGAGAUAUUGAGUUGCUGAGGUUCUUACUUUCCCACGAUGUAGAUGUUAAUUCGCAAAGUGAUGCUGGUACUGCGCUAAUUUGGGCUGCUGGUCAUGGCCAGCAAGAUGCUGUAAAAGUUUUGCUAGAACACCAUGCUAAUGUUCCACUUACAGGUUUGAGCUAUCCACAGCUUAAUGGUUGUUAA